CGUCAGGAUAGGUAAACAAAACUUCGUAAUUCGUGUUAAAGUAAAAUUUAUUUAUCUGCUCAAACGAAAAAUUAUUUAUUGGUAAAAAAAUGGGUGACAAUUUUGGAAUUCACCGUGGACCUUCCAAAAAAUCGAUUGAUAACAACGAGGACCGUACCCAAGGUCAAAUUUUAAGCGAUUUUCUAGUCCAGAUGGAGGAUUACACACCCACGAUCCCGGACGCGGUCACAUCAUACUAUCUGAAUUCGGCUGGCUUUGAGGCAUCUGAUCCAAGAAUUGUUCGUUUGAUUUCGAUUGCCGCCCAGAAGUUUAUCUCGGACGUUGCCAACGAUGCUCUGCAGCACUGCAAAACGCGAACCAGCAACGCGCCCAAUACUAGCCAUGGCUCGUCGAAAAAUCAGAACGCUAAACUAGCAAAGGAUCGCAAGUACACGCUAACCAUGGAGGAUUUGCAGCCGGCACUGAACGAUUAUGGCAUUACCGUGCGUAAGGCGCAUUAUUUCGUUUGAGGACUUGUACGUUGCUGCGUGUGAAAGCUUCGACCCAAUGUCACCUUCUAAUAGAACAACUUAAAAUCUAUUGAGGUAUAAUAAAUCGAGUUUUUGUUACGUACCACUGAACAAA